CUACGAUGUCCUACCCAGCAACUCUGUGCUUGUGGCGCACCGCAUGUCAGUCUGCCUCCCAGAUGACACUUCAUUUGAAUCUCUUGAGGCACAAGGACCAUGCAGACUCCUGAAAGCCAGCGGGGCAGGGAUCUCUUUCCCCAUGCAGCAGCAUCCACUGACAUUAAACACCCUGCGUUCAUAACACAGUGGAAUAAGGAAACGGCCAAAGAAAAACAGCCUGCCAGUGCAGCAUCCGCUGAUCGCUGCCCGGAACAGCCCCGAAACAGUCUCCAAAAAGCAGGAAGAAUGGCCAAAAGUGAGAGGCAGAGCAGAAGUUUGAAGAGUGAAGGAUUCCUCUCUGAUCCCGAGGCGUCUCUCCUGGACCAGCAGGACUUGGAGGAGUCCAGCUGUCGCUUCAAUGACGUCUUUGACUCCAGAGACUCUCACAUGGAGCAGAUCAACACUUUUCUGAAAAAUGUUCAAGUUCUGCUGGAAGCGGCCAGGUUUCUGGAAAGCGCCGACAGGAAGGACGGAAAAUGUGAACACGGCUACGCCUCCACCUUCCCAUCAGAUCAAAGCACAAACUACCAGAGGACGAGAAAAUUCCGAAACAAGAAGUUCAACAAUAACCACAACAGUGGGGGGAGAAGGAACGUGCCUGUUUCAGAGGAGGACGGCUCUUUUCCCAUCAGGUCAACACACAAUGAGCUGGAAAAGAACAGACGAGCUCAUCUGCGACUGUGUCUGGAGCGCUUGAAGGCACUUAUACCACUGGGGCCUGACUGUACCAGGCACACCACCCUGGGCCUGCUCACCAAAGCCAAAGCACACAUAAAGAAACUUGAAGAGGCCGACAGGAAGAGCCAGAACCAGCUGCAGUCUCUGGAGCGCGAGCAGCAGCACCUCCAGCUUCAGCUGGAGCUGCUGCGAGGAGGCAGCGGCUCUGCAGGGGAGGGGGAGAGGAUACGUAUGAACAGCGUCGGCUCCACCCUCUGCUCCGACCGCUCCGACUCCGACCAAGAGGAGAUCGAGGUGGAUGUGGAAAGCACGGAGUUCUCCCAUGGAGAGCUGGACAGUGUGAGCACAGCCAGCACCAGUGACCUGGAUGACCACAGCAGCCUGCAGAGCAUGGCCAGCGACGAGGGCUACUCCUCCUGCAGUGUCAAGCUCGCCUUCUCCUCCUAGAACCUCAUGCCGCCAUGACCACCACCAUCCCUGCCAGCCCCUCCUGUUCUCCCAUCUGUUUCCUCAUGCAGCCCUGCCACCGCCUGCAAAGAUGGGCAUGCGCUCAACUAGCGCCCCCCCCCCGGUCCAGGCCUUUCAGCUCCUGUCCGUCCCCUCUCUGCCGCUUCAGAGCUGACGGUUGGAGGAGCUCCAACCAGCUCUCGUGUGCUUCUGAACUUUGACGGACGCCGCCGAGGCAAGCGGAAAUCAAAGGGAGACCAGAGACUGCAGCCAUUUUAAACCCACACAAAAUGAGUUUUUACAUUUGAGCCAUCCGAUAUUAACAUUUGGAAAGAUUUACAACUUUUAAUUGAAAUCCUAAUGCACUUAAGUCUUGAAUUGAAGAACUUGACGAGUUUCUUUUUGGCUGUCUUUGUUGGGGGGCGUGUCUCCCGUCAUCAUCCCGUCAUUCCGCUGUGGGGCUUGGAUAAACCGUCAGUGAACUCUGCCAUAUCAAGACCGCUUGUUUUUCCCUGAAACCAUCGCUCCUGCCCCAAACUUCAUCACCUCUUUAAUGUUUUUCUCUUUUUUAACCUCUGCUCCACACUGCAGAAGCUCGGACUAUUGAAUGGGUGCUAUUGUCAAACUUACCAAGCAAGGUGGAAGAAGAUCAGAUGGACCACUAAGUUCAUACAGCAGAGCAUCUGCAGCAGACGGUUCCAGCCGAGCUCGGAGGAAAGCAGAUGCAACAAAGCAGGGAAAACACAGACAUUCCUAUCGAAUGUGGGUCCUUAGUGCAUUUUCAUAUGAAUGUGUGUGCUCUGUUUUCAUUUUCCUUGAAAAGCAGCUACAAACUCUCCCAUAUGUCCUUCCUACCUUCCAUAAAAAGGCACAAAUGAAGAAGAGAACCAGAAAUGUGUCCAAACAGCUACAAACUUUAGGAAACACGUUCGUCCUCUUUCCAGCAGUAACAAGCAAUAACUCUCUUCAUUGUUUUGGUCUCGUCAGUUUCCCGUCCUUCCUGCUUUUUUCUAAGCCCUGUGUGUGUGCGUGUGUGGGUGUGUGUGCGCGUGGGGGUGUGCGCGUGCAUGUGACCGUCCAAAACUACUUUUGUAAAUACAAAUAGCUUAAACAAAAGUUUAUCAUUUGUUUGAAAGGAUCUGGAGGUGAUGGAAAGUGCUGCCCGUGUUGCUGUCUGACGGGGAGUUUUCGGUGCUUCUCAGAGUGGCAGUGAACUCACCAUUCCUGUGCUUUUGGAUACACUCAGAAUCAACCCUUUGUUUGGUUCUGGUCCCAUUAAGAAAUGGGACAUUUUUGUGUAACUCCACCAGUGGAGCUUCUUCCCAUCCAGAAUGAUCUGCGUUUGGCACUGUUUUAUUUAUUCCAUUGUCCUGGUUCGUCCUCUGGGGGGGGAACGUUGCAUGGGACAUUCCAGCAGCAGUCAGAUGUUUGAAGUUCAGAAAAUAAAAGGCAGCUGGUUGUUAUGAUGUCAGGAUCCCCAUCCCGCCUCCACUGGCAUUAGGAAUUGCACUUCAACCACAGUUUCUUCAUUUUCUUGUCCACUCGUACAUCUGCUGUGUGUGAACCACAAAAAAAAACACAAAACCACUUUGAUUAUUUAUUUCUUAAUCCCACAAAGAGCACAAGAAAUGGGAAGAAGUUUAUUUAUUUUGGUUCUGACUUGUUCUAUUCAUUCUUUUUGGAUUCAGUUGACUCCUUUCUGAUCAUAAGACUUGUUUAUUUAAUACUUUUUCUGGGUGGGUGAGUGAGGGGGGCAGGUAAAGACAAACAUGUAGCCAUUGUUUUUGUUAUUUUGUUUGUUCCGUGGACAUUUCCAAAUGUCCGCAGCCCCUUUGCUGCUCCCAGUGCUGAGCCUCGCCUGUUUCCAGUCACCAGCCUUGUUCAGAACUGACCCCGCCCCCAGCGGCAUAGACCCACAGGAAGUUGGUUCUGCACAAAGCGGGCUGAUACUUCUUGACAGUAAAAGAGGGGGUUUGAAGAGUCUCCUUCCUCUUUGCGAACUGCAGUCCCUCUUUGAAUUGACAAAUGUGUCUUACCUUUACAAGGCUGCACACUGAGGAGGAAAACCCGCUGAAGGACAUCACUAAGGUGUAGAGUCUGAGCUCCUGGCUGAGCCGCGUGGAGGUUGCUGAACUUGGCACUGAAUCAGAACGUCACCGCUUUUGGUGCUCAAACAUGUCAAGAAAUGCCAAAAAAACCACACCUGGGAACACCUCAGUGUCCUCGCUCCUUUCUCUGAGGGUCAGUUUACACGUAUUCUGCCCCGUUUAAGUUAUUAACCUUCAUCUUGUUGUUGUUUUGUUAUGUCCUCCUUGUAUUAGUUAAUGAAGCCACACCGCUGACUGGAGCAGAAUUGGAUUGUCGAGCUCUAACCUGUACAUCAAGCUGCGUUCAAAUGCACUGGGACAAAUCCGAUUGUUUGUAAACUCUCUGUCAAUGGUGGCAUGUGACAAAAUCCUCUGAUGUUGCAUUGAUGGUAGAAACAAACCAAUGUUUGCUAAGUGUGUCCUUAGUGAGGCUGAGCUUUAGAAUGGUAGCUGAUCCAGGACCGGUCUCCACAGAUGUUUUCAGGCUGCUAUUUACAGAGGAUCACUUUCUAUGGGGACAUUCAUCUUAAAAUGACAAGGCUGUGGAGGAUGGGUUUACUGUUGCACUGAGACUUAAGUGAGCUUAUUGUCAGUUUAAUGCAGACCGGUCCUGGAUCAGUUCAUCACCCAGUCCGGUCCGGCCCGGUAUUUCUGGUUGUGCUGCAGAUUCCAAAGCAUAUCUUCCCAUGCUGUUGGUCACAAAGCUAUAUUUUUCGCCUUUUUGUUUCGAAGAUGUCGACUUUGUGUAGUUUGUAGUGGUGCAGCUUGGCCAGAAACGGACGGCGCCGGUGCGGUGGGCGGGGCAGCGUAGCUCCAACGCCGGUCUCUCUGGAGGCUGAUUGGAGCAACUGCUCCACAAAGUCAGGACAAGCCUCCUGUUCUCAAUCUGUGCUCAUCCUUUGUAAAACAUGCACUCCAAUGAUGAUGAUUAUAGGCGUGUAUUUGAAAAUGCAAUACUUAUAAUAAAACACCAAGAUUUUCCAAGCCAA